AUGACCAAGGAGGAUGAAGUGUCUUGUAUGAAUCUGAUAGCCGAGGCUGAAAUGUUCAAAAAGGUUCCUCCUCAAGAUUUGCAAAAGAUUGUGCGAGCCAUGCAUCCACGUCUGUUGCAGCGCAAUGAAGAAUUCAUUCCCCAAGGAGGUCCCACGGAUCGUUUCUUUUUGUUGCAGAGUGGAGACAUUCGACGGUCGUACUACAACGAAACCGAUGGAAAGACGCAUACCGUCAAAUUUGCCAUUAAAGCCAAGUCCAUCAAUAGCAUGAGAAUCCUAUCGGGAGAUCCUUCCUUUUCCACCGUCAAGUGCGUCUCGGAAGAAGGAUGCAAGGUAUACCAAAUGUACCGUCACGACUUUUUUAAAGUACUCGAAUCCAAUCCUCAAAUCACCGUCAAAAUCGCCGAAGGACUCUGCCAAGAACUCCGACGAGGAUCCAAAACCUUUCAAACACCGUUGCUCGAACAACAUUCCCAAGAAGUCAAUGUCCCCGCCGUUAGUAUUGCCGCCGGAAUUGAGUCUUACUACCGAUCCGCUCUCAAUGCCAAACUCAAUGCCCGUUUGACCGGGAUACCCGCCGAACUAUUCCCCAAUAUGCACAUUCAAGUUCCCACACGGGUCGCCUACAUUACCGGAUUCAAGGGGUUGCGGGCCUUGCUCGAUUCCAAUGUCGAUCCCGAUCUCUACGACAGUCCGAAUGCCAUUCGACUCGCCACGGCCAUUUCGCCCGGAGUGCUCAUGACACCCAUUUCGUCCGUCCUCGAAGCCAGCAAUGCAGGUCAUAUGAACUCUGAACCAAUGACGACCCGAUGGAUGAGAGGUGCAUUGCCACGAGGAGGCCGCGAAAUUAUCUUUGGAGUCGGACUCAAUCAAAUGAGUGAUUAUUGCGAAGAACGCAUUGCUCCUUAUUGCAAGGGACACGAUCUAUUGGCCAAUGCGGCCGGAUCACUGUUGGCGGGUGUCGUAUCGGGAUAUCUCAGUCACGUUCCCCAUAACUUGUCCACACUCAAAUUGUUGGAGCCCCACAGGUCCUAUCGAGAACUCUAUCCGGCAUUUGUCGACAAAUCGGUUCCCGCUGCCGUCGAACGAGCCGUGGCAUCGUGGCCGACGACCACCAAGUUUUGGACGCGGACCCUCUUUGCCACGCUCUUUCCACGAGGUGUCAUGAUCCGGACCACGCAAAUUGUAGGAUCGUUCAUGAUUUUGAAUGGGACCAUCAACUAUUUGCAACUACGAGAACAUCACAAGAUUCAACGACACAUGAAGGGAACCGAUGAAGAUGCGCGGGCACCCGUUCCGGCAGUGGCAUCCUCUCUCAGCAGCAGCAGCAGCCCUGUGGCCGCAGCGACUGCCGCAGCAGCAGUCCCCAAUCGAUAG